AUGCUGAUGAAUUACAUCACCGGGAACCACUGCGAGUUACAGCUAGUUCUAACUGUAAUGGGUUCUUCGGGUCUAUUUGAUAUACUCUGUGUUCAGCAGUUGGUCAGAGAUCACAAUGUUGCUAACAAGCAUGUUAAAGAUGAAGUCGUGAGAUUGCAUCCAGAUGAUCCAGAUAUUGUCAUGUAUUAUAAAGACGCAUGGCGGACGCGUUUCACUUUAAUUCCAUCCUUCGAACAGAACUUGUGCCUUCUGAUUUUACCCGACCUUUGCUAUCCGCAGAACCCGAAAAACUUGGGUUUUCUGUCUAAGUUUGGAAAAGAGAGCUCAAACUGUAACGUCGUACAUCGUUUAAUAUUCAUCCAAUUAUAUUUUGUUUUGAUAAUUUAUUUUCACUUUUAUAAUAAAUGUCAUUGA